AUGACUCGUGAGAGUAAGUUGUUAAAAAAAUCUCAGUUUGUUGAAUCUUGUAAAUUAAAUCCCAUUAUUGUCAUUGAUUGUGAAUUUAACGACUAUGCUUCUGAGAAGGAAUCCCGGAGUCUUGCUAACCAGAUUAUGCAAUCUUACGGUGCUAAUAAGCGUGCUUCUAAGCCCUUUAAUUUAAUUAUUUGUGGAAUUAAGGAGAACAGUUUUUUGGACGAGGCUUUCCGGCGCAUCAGUGGCACUCAGAAUUGGUCCUGCCUUUUAACUCACCAGCCUCUCGACUCUCUUUUCAAUUCCGAUGACUUGACUUAUCUUUCUGCUGAUUCUAGUGAUAUUCUUUCUGAUCUUGUUCCUUCUGGCAUCUAUGUUAUUGGUGGCAUUGUCGAUCGCAAUAGGCUGGACGGUAUUACUUACAAUAAGGCUCGCAUCAUUGGUGCUAAGUGUCGGAGGCUUCCCAUUCGGGAGCACUUAAAGCUUUCUGGUUCUCACAUUUUAUCUGUGAACACCUGUGUAAAUAUUUUACUUGACUUUUACGUUUCCAGGGACUGGGAGUCCUCCCUCAGGUCUUGCAUUCCCAAGAGGAAGCUCUAG